AUGAAUCUUGAGGGACACGUGUGCUCCAAAUUGCAACGCAGAUUUGCCUUUGUCAUUCUCAAGAAGCUGUGGAAAGUGCUGAUGCUUCUGCUGAGUGUGGUGCUCAGUGUGCAAGUUUUCCAGUACUGCAGGAGGAUGAUGCCUGACAUUCCCUUUGAGAAGGACAUCAACAUUUGCAGAAAGCAUUUUGCAUGGAGAAAGCCCAUUCUUGGCAGGUUCGAGCCUGACUGGAAGCCUUUCCUGACCAGCAAGGAGUUAUUCUGGCAGGACGACACCCCUGCCAGGAGACAACUAAACGACCUUCUCCACUUGCACAGGCUUCCCUUCGGACUGAAUAGCUCGGUUCUUCAUGCGUUCCACACAUUACAGCUCCUCCCGCAGCAGGGGAUGCCAAAGUCCAUUGAGCGUCUUCAGUGCCGAAGGUGCAUUGUGGUUGGCAACAGUAACUCCAUUCGUGGCCGAGGCCUCGGGGCAGUGAUUGACUCGCACAACAUCAUCAUCAGGUUAAACAAUGCUCCAGUAAAAGAGCACAAGGAAGAUGUGGGUGAGAAAACCAGCAUCCGUCUUUUCUUCCCCGAGUCUGCGCUGCCCAACCCUCUGGAUAACAACGACAAUGAAACGCUGAUGGUGCUUAUUGCAUUCAAGAGCCUGGAUUUUACCUGGGUGAAGGAGAUGCUGCUGCAGACAAGGAAUAAGACUGUAGAGGGGUUUUGGCGUAGGCCUCCCAGUGAAUGGAAGUGGAAAGCCUCUCACCUGCGGAUUCUGCACCCUUACGUCACCUACGAAGCAACAUACAAAUUGCUUCAGCUGGAGAAGACGGGCAGGAAAUAUUCCACCACUGGAAUCAUCGCUCUGAACUUAGCCCUCCAUAUCUGCCAUGAGGUUAACAUUAUAGGGUUUGGGUACCCUAACAAUGGUGACAAUACCACGCCAGUACACUACUAUGACACAGAGCAUCUCAGCCAGGGUAUGUUUGUGAUGCACGACAUCAGUGCGGAGCAGGCGUGGCUGCUGAAAAUGAUGGAGCAGGGGAUGAUUUCCGACUUGUUGCGUCCUUCCUCCUGGUCCUAG